UUCCGGUUCAAUGCAACACACUGGCACUGCACUCGCACCUCGUCUCAUCAACCACCAGAGGACUCUUCGACUCGGGCACUCUCCAUCACGACGGCUUCGCGUCCACACAAGCCUUCCGCCUAGAAGAUUCAUCGGUUCUGGCAUUCAUUACGUCGUUCGCACCCGGUCUCUGCAGGACAAAGGGAGCUCCUCGGGCCCCUACUUCCACCGCGUCACCUUUCUCGCGACUUCACCUCACCGCUGUCUCCCACUCUCUGGUGCCGCAUUACCUCAUAGCCAUCAUCCAAUAUCGAAAUCACCCACGUUCGCUUGGGCUUCGGACUCUUUCAUCGAUCUCUCCACUGUGCGAUCGGAAAUUGUGCCGUAGAGGUUGUGUCCCGCUCUUCCAGGAACCAUAUUGUUCUGUUUGUUUUGCCAGACUCGAGUGAGAACAACAAUGGCGCAUCACCACACAUCUGCCGACCAUGAGCUGGAACAGCGCAACCGGCUACCGACAUUGAUGGAAGUGCUGGGGAGAAGGACAUUAGCGCCAGUCGAUCUGUUCUCAUUCUACAUAUACAUGCGCGACCAGCAGCGGUCGGUGGAUUAUCUGGAUUUCUGGCUGGAUGUGUCUCAACACAUGUCUCUAUGUCGACAUUAUGUUCGUGAACUCCGACGGUCCAUGCUGGUCGAUACGCCCGAAAUGGAGAAAGCGACUAGCAAGCGCUCCUCCGGGAUGCUUGAGGGGUUUGAUCUAGGCGAAGGAAUUGACUCAAGAAAGAGUGGACAAGAGUCCCGAGUAUCAGCGAUCUUGAGGUCUGACAAUGGCGGCGCACGGAAACCAGGCAGUCGAGAAAGAGAUGGCGGCGGUGUGGACAACUCUCCAUCCCAUAGUCUGGGGUCAGCGCAUUCACGAAACUUCAGCCGUCCGUCCGCUGAUCGGCCAUCGCCGUCGGAACAACUGCCACAGCCUAGCUUUUCCACUCCCGAAGUGCGCACCGACUCCAACUCGCCUGGCCACAGUGUUGCUAGAGCCGACAUCAAGGCCAGUGCGGAAAAAAUCCUGUACACGUUCAUCUUGCCCGGCUCGGAGCGCGAGAUCGUCUUGCCCGACAGUAUGGUGAACAGAAUCAUCAGAGCAAUCGAAGAAGAAGGCCGUGACGACCCUGAGGUGUUUGACGACGCAAAAGAUUAUGUAUUCCAAGCCAUGGAAAGAGAUGCAUUCCCUGGAUUUCUGCAGGCCAAAGCCCUCGGCAACCUGGUUCCCUUGAGCGUCUUGAUUCGGCUCAUUAUUGGCCUGGCGAGUUUGAUGGCCGGCUUUUGGGGUGGCUAUUACAUGAUCCUAAGAGAUCAAUCGAGGAGUAUCAGAUGUUGGGUCAUUCUACCCUUCACCAUUGGUUCGUAUUUUCUGGUGUCGUACCAGUACAAACUCGACAUUGUGGCCGCCUAUCUGGGUUUCAGCGAGUACACGUGGAUGAACUGGUCACGAGUGCGCGAGCCAUUCGUCCGUCGUCUGCUGCUCACUCGAGCAACCAUGGCCUUACUCAUGUUCGCCGCCACCGCGGUCGCGCUUAGUAUUUUGUUCAUCUUCGUCCCUGGCACCAAGUUCUGAUCGAUCCACACACAACAAAAGGGUGAUGAACUUGGAUGGGACGAAACAGGACGACCACGACAAUCAAUGAUGGGUUCAAUGUAUGCAACGAAACGACUUUUUGGCUCACAGAGGGCGUUUGGAGGGCAGGGCAGGUCAGGUCAACUCAGGUCAUCGCGAAAGGAAACCCCACAAAGACUCCCUCCACUGCGCGUGGCCGCGGUAUCUGCGGAUCAUGGGUGCCUACAGCAAGGUAUCUAGCUAUCUAGCUCUAUGGUACCACGGAGGAGCAACACACAACAGUCGACCGGGACACGCUUUGCGUGGCGGACCUAAUAAUCUCAAAACAACAACAAUGGCAGACUUGAAUGGGAUCAAUAGCAUGGCGUUCCGGGCUGGGGUAUAUAUGGCUGGAGGUGUUACACACGGGCUGGUAAUAGUGAGCUGAAUGCAUGCACUGCAGUUGCUGAGGAACUUGAAAUCCACGGACCACUACUAGGAGACGGGAGCAAGGGAAGACGAGAAGCUCAACAACAAGACGAGCUUGGAUAAGGUACCUCAGCUUACUUUACUUGACUUUCUUUUUUCACGCUUUUUUGGGGCUCUUUUUUCUUUCUCUUUCUCUUCCUCUUUCUUCUUUGUGCACUUUCCCGCUUCUUUCAUCUUUCAUAUUUUCUUCUUUUCGAAGGAACGCUUCUCCGGCUGCAUGUGGAUGGAGAGGAAUGGAGGAGUCGAGCUGAGCUCGAGAUGCUGAAACUGAGGUACUACUAAAGCUGAGUUAGCAGUACUACUAGGAAUAGAUGACUUUGGAUGCAGAGAUUCAUCAACUUGAACCAUGAGCGUUUCUUUUUGGUCUUGUGGAUCAAUCAAUAAGAUACUAGUACAACAGGUAAUCAAAUCCAUUAUUGGAGCUGGAAGAUGAA